CAGGCUAGCUAGCUAUGAGGCUUAUUGUUAACUUAUUUGUGUGGUUGUCUCACUCACAUAUAACCUUAAUGUGUAGUUAAUCACUCUAUUAGUCGCUGGUUAACUGGUUAGCUUCAUACUUGGCUUAACUAGCUGAAUCGGACUGUAAUAUCACUGCGCUGGCAUGGUUAAGUGACCCACUGGCAUCGACUGACUUAACGUCAAUGCUAGCACAACUGCAGGCAGAAAAUAGGUUACUGUGAUUCCGCUAGCUAACGUUAAGAUCCAUGGCAAAGUGGCUGAAGGACUACCUAAACUUUGGCAGCAGGCGCGACCCUCCACAGCCCCCGAGGCCAGAUUACACCGAGAGUGAAAUUCUGAGGGCUUACAGAGCUCAGAAGGAGCUGGAUUUUGAGGACCCGUACCAGACCUCUGACAGGGAGCACCAGAAUGGCAGCUCCUGCAGUGCAACAGUGAGCCUGCCCUCCUUCCCUGCAUUUGGUUCAGUGCUGCCUAAUGGUGUGGAGGUGAAAGUAGUGUCUCCCAAACACAGACUCAUCAAAGUGGACUCUCAGGAGUUUGGCCGCUGUAAAGUCCCCCUGUGUCCAGUGACCAUUCAAGAGGAACCUGUGGUUCCCUCAGCCCCAGCCGUGGCGGACCCAGAUAACGACUACUCUGACCCAUUUGAUGCGCGUCCAGAUCCAAGAAUCAGACCAGACUGGGAGCCCAAAUCUGCACCACCGGACUGCUGCAGCUACAUGGAGCCAUUUGAGGCCCAGCGAAUUAUCACAGACCUCCAGCACAGCGUGAUGACUAAUAGGUCUGGGAUUGGAGACGGUGCCCAGUUAUAUGAUAAUCCAUAUGAGGAAAAGACCCGUCACUACCACCGCACUACUCUACCUUCACAACAGCCACCCCUGGGCGUCGAGGUUGGACUUGCCCAGGUAGACGGCAGGGAGAGCAGGCUGCCUCAGGAUGAUGAGAGGCCAGCUGAUGAGUAUGACCAGCCCUGGGAGUGGAAGAAGGACAACAUCUCUAAAGCUCUUGCAGUUCAAUUUGAAGGGGCGGAAAGAGGGCGCUCAAGAGCUCAGGCAGAACAGACCAAGCUCACCAGGACCAGCCCCACAUCGACCUCAGUGGGAGGGAACGCAGCCACUCUCCGCAUGGUUGGUGACACGCCUCCUCUCCUGGGUGAGAGAGUAGACCCAGCUCUACCGCUGGAGAGACAAGUGUGGUACCACGGAGCCCUGAGCCGCUCGGAGGCAGAAAGUCUACUGACUCUGUGCAAGGAGAGCUCCUACCUGGUGAGGAACAGCCAGACCUGCAGGAAUGACUACUCGCUCUCCCUCAGGAGCUGUAAAGGCUUCAUGCACAUGAAAUUCACCCAGUCUGCAGAUGGGCGUUAUGUGCUUGGGGAGAACAGCCCUCCUUUCUCUACCAUCCCUGAGGUCAUCCACUACUACACCACACACAAGCUGCCAAUCAGAGGAGCCGAGCACAUGUCCCUGCUGUACCCCGUCAUUGUGCAGACUCUCUGACAUUGAGACGUGAGCCCUCACCCCCCACACAUUCACAUUUUCUCUCCUGGUGCUACUGAAUAUAUACUCGCUGUCUACCAAUCUCUGCCCCUUUCUCACUUGAUUUUUCAACCGUUUCACUGUCAUUCUACCUGCACUGGACACACAAGAGUGGAGCAUUUGGUGCCAACACCUUUUCCAUUUACCAUAACCCCACUGACCACACUGGCAGCUUAAUAAGAGCGCCCAGAGCCUCAUGAACUUAUGCCUGUGAACUGGUAUUGUCACUGAAAUCCCUGCUUUUUAUUACCAUUGAACCAUGAAGAUUGGCAGUCGUGGAGAGUAUGAUUGGUAGCUGAAUAGUUUUAGAACUAGCAUAAUUUUCUCUCUACAGAGAGGGACAGUUAAACCGUACUCUGAAGACCGGUGUCUCGAGAGAGUGGAAUUUAUAUUGUGUGGAGACAGAUCUCGAUUACUGUACUGCCAAGUCAGGUGAGGUUGCCUGUACUGCCAAAUUACUUAAAGGAUAAUAACAGUUGUUGUUUUUUCUUUUUUCAUAGCUCAUUUUCCUACCUUAAGACAAACCUUUUGCUGACAGUCUUUAUUGUGCAGUAUGAAAAACAAGCGCCACACACUUGUAAAUUGCCAAAGUGCACUAAAUCAUCACAGUAAACAUGAAAAAUGUUUUUCCAUGUUAUUUUACAGCCUGCUUACUGUCAGUUACCUGACAGCCGCAGGAGGAAAUGAAAACCUCCACCAGGAACCAGACCCUCAAAAUAUGUCACCUUACAGACAUUGUCACAUCCUUGUCUACUUUUUUGAGGCCUAUUUUGGACAAAGGUUAAUUUAAAACUGUUUGAUAUAAAGGUUGUAUUUUCAAAAGAACAACAACAACAAAAUGUACAUGUCAAAGAAUUUCAGAAUAAUGGGAAAUUGUAAACUAGACAUGUACAGUCGGAAGUGGGCUAUAACUUGAAAGUACAGUGGUAUUAUCCUUUAAGCAUACUGACCAAACACUACAUUUUCAGCCCUGGCCAUCUGUUGCCUGCCUGUGGGUUUCUUUGUUUCAGAGAGACCUGUGAAUGUGAUAUGAUGCUGUAGCUGCGUGCCCGGCAGUAUUUUCCUCAGUUAUUGUCAUGUGGUGACACCAAGGCAGUAACAGAUGACGAUAAUGUCAGAAGGACAUGAAUUAUUAGCUUAGCACGAUUACAGACACCUGCAAUAGUAGUUUAGAGAAUAAUUAGAGGAUUAUAUCAAAGGCUUGUUGCUUUCGACCAUGUCUAUUAAAGAAGCUUUGGUAGAUACUUUACUGUGCUGUUUUAUAAGAUUUAAAAUGUCUGUUGAAAAUAAAGGUGUUGUAUUUGUUUGUAAA